GCCCCGCCGAUGCAAGAUCCUAAUGCUACGCCAACGCCGGCUACCGCACAUCUUGCCAUGUCUCAACCCACUCAACCGCCUAAUCAACCGACUAGUAGCGUAAGUGAGAACGGGUCAAGCGGUAAAUCACAAUUGUUCCUUGCCUGGGAUGACUGGGACUUUGACUUUGAGGGUGCAAUCUGGCCUAAGAGCAACGAGCCUGUGGACCCCGCUCUAAGUCUCGGUGUCAUCGUCUGGCAUCCUGCCAAGCAAAUGACCCGUGCCUUGCCUUCAACGUUUGGCGAAGCCGAGGAACAGGCUUUGAAACCCUCACCGGAGAAGCUAGACAACGGGGAGUCUGUAUCGGUGUACUUCAUGGCUGAGAAUUCGCACGAGGCCUUCCUCGAUGUGAGACAGACGGAUGAGUGGGAGCAGAUUCGGGGUGACCCAGUCUUUGUGGUCUUUACAGACGAGGAAAUGCAGCGUAAUCUCGUAUCGCUAGAAGAUUGCAUUGCUCAACGAGACCGCCUCGAUGAUGAGACAGGACAAGACGAGGAUCACGAGAUGCAUGACGCAACAUGGGACAUUAUGGACAACCUUGAUCAGGCUUUAUCUGGUCGCAAUGGGGAUUCCAAACCCACGAGAUUGAAGCAGGAAGCGUUUUCUUCACCAAGACAAACCCAAGAGGAUGUCCUUGCAAUGCUAGGUGUGACUGGUGCUCCAAAGCCACCAUCAGAUCAGACAACGUCGUUGUCCUUUCCCGCGCCUGGGGAGAAGCCACCGGCAUCGCUCCCUGAAAAGCCACCGGUUGGCUCACCUUCUGACACACAGCCCAAUGCUCCGUUACCCACCCAGAGAGCGCAGUCUUAUGGUGGGGAUCGGAACGCCGGGCACGGAUUUGCGCCUCAAAGACCAUAUGGCUCUAUGUCAUCUUCAUCUAAUCUAAUCCCUCCUCCUCCGCCGCCUUCGGAAAACCAGCGGUACGAUCCCUGGAAUGCACCCCAAUAUAGCGGACCUAGCUUUGACGGCCCCAGGGGGAGCCCUGCACUCUCUGAAGGGAGCAAUCGGACUAUGGCCGGCUCAGACUUUGAUUCCGAGAGGCCAAGUAACGGGAAUGAGCAAGAGGCCGCCGUUCCUUCCCUUACGCGAAGCGACAGUUCUUUCGCGAGAAAGAGAAGCUAUGAAGAUACGGAUCACGACAGCGAGAGGCCGCAGCAACAAGAUGACAACACAAAGCGGAAGAGGCGUACUCAAGCCAAUGCCGCCUAUAGUCGUCGUUGAUCCUCCCAUCGCUUCUCUCCUUACCUUACUGCAUAGUUCUGGCAUUUCUCUUUCCGCCGUAUUCUAGGAUCCCAGCGGCAACAUCCCCUUCAACUUUCCCAACACGGUGUUAAUUUCCUACCUGUUGUUUCCAAAAGAGG